CUGUCCACACUUUGCACUGCGGCAGCAAAAGACGUCCAGCCCCUAUUUCUGGUAGAGUGCCUCGACCAACCUUCUCUGCAGCAGUGGUGCUCUCUGCAUAUCCUCUAUUUCCUAAGUUGAGCCAGCCCUGCAAAGAACAUAGCUCGGUUGAAUUUUCUUCCCCCAUUCGAAUUUCCCCUCGCGAAAAACCUCCUCCCGUGUCGCGUCACCUUCCUCUGCCUAGCGCCACCGGCGACGCUGUCGGUACCGGUGGAAUCAGCCGCAUCGCGUACUCCUCCCUCGCCAAGCCAGCAGCGCCGAGGAUUUUGGGGUUACGAAUCUGUGGAGGCGAACUGAAGAUGGCUACUAAUGGCCUAAAGAGCAUUCUGGCUAAGGCUGUGACGAGUGGAGUGAACGAAGCGAGAGCAAAGAUAUUCGGCCACAUGCUUAACCCAACAGGCCAGAGAUCACCCCACAAGCUGCUACGCAAGAAGCUCAUCGGUGACAAGGUUGCUGAAUGGUACCCACAUGAUGUCAUGAAGGAUGAUCCUCUUAUCAUGGCUCGUCAAGAAAAAGAGCGUUUAUCCAAGCUAGAAAUGUUGAAGCGUCGUGGGAAGGGACCACCCAAGAAGGGACAAGGAAAGCAAGCUGCCAAACGUAAAAAGAAUUGAAAUCCUCUCUUAUUGUUGGAACCAAACAAUCUCUAGAAUAGCAAGGCCGUUAGUACUUUUUUUUUUAGCACUUUGGCGUUUCGAAUUUUAUUGUCCACAUUCAUUUAUAUUUCUUGUAGUCUCUGUAUGAUUUCAACCCUUAAAUAGACUUAAGUUCUUGACCCA